AGAAUAAAAUGAUACAUCUUGAAUCCAGUCUAGAAAUGCCAAUCCAGUGCAAGAAAAUAAUUAUGUGAGGUCUACAUAACGCUUUGAAGCAUUGUAGCACCAAAUGAAUCGUACUCUCGUAUUGUAAAAUCCGCAUCUAUAUAGGAUAGCCUGAAUGAAUAGUAUUUUCUUAAGAAUUAUCAGCCGGACCAAACAAGUGGUCUUGCGUCGAUAUUUGAGUUUAACGACAAUGGCUAAGAGCAAAUUUGAGUAUGUGAAGGAAUUCGAGCGGGAUGACAGUUGUUUACCGAAUUGUUGGAUCGUAAUUAGAAUAGAUGGCAGGAAUUUUUCGAGAUUCUGCGAUACACACCAAUUCGUUAAACCGAAUGAUGUGAACGCUCUUGAGUUGAUGAAUCGUGCUGCGAUCACUGUUAUGGAAGAUUUUAAAGAGAUUAUAUUGGGUUUCGGUCAGAGCGAUGAAUAUUCGUUCGUUUUUCGGAAGGAUACACAACUUUAUAAUCGCAGAGCAUCAAAAUUAAUGUCUAACGUAAAUUCAUUAUUUGCUUCGGCAUAUGUACAUUAUUGGCCACGCAUCUUUAGAGGCAAAGAAUUGUACUAUCCACCUUCGUUUGACGCUCGUGUUGUAUUAUAUCCAACAGAUAAGAAUUUAAGAGAUUACCUGGCUUGGCGACAAGCUGAUGUACAUGUUAAUAAUUUAUACAAUACUUGUUUUUGGAAUCUUAUUUUGAAAGGAAAAUUGACUCCGAGUCAGGCAGAAGAAAAGCUUAGAGGUACUCUGGCAUCGCAUAAAAAUGAAUUGCUUUUUCAAGAAUUUGGUAUAAAUUAUAAUAAUGAACCACCACUAUUUCGAAAAGGUACAACGCUUAUUCGAAAAUUAGUACCUGGCGGUACAGGUAAAUUGAAGUCUGCUGUAGUUGCUUUGGUGGAUGAUAUUAUUGGUGAUCGUUUCUGGAAAGAGAACCCAGAAGUAAUAGGUUUGAAAAGUUUAGCAACUUAUCAACCCUCAAGUACCUUAGCAAAUAAUAUUAACAAUACAAUGUCUGCAUCGACAACCCCUUUACCUACUGCAAUAAAAUUAGGGAACAAUGUUCUUUCAUCUUCACAAGUGACCAAUGUAAAUUUAGCUAAUGAAGGAAUACAUUCUAAUAGAAGCAGAGAGACGAAUGGAGAUUGAAUACAACGUGAAAAUUAAUGUAUUUGUAGGAGAUAAGUACUUCGCACUUUGUUUUUUAUAUAAUAAACUUGAAUUGAAAUUGCA